UAUGUUUUAAUAUCACAAUUAACAAUGGAAGAAUUAGAAGCGUCUGAAUUAGGAACACUACAAUACUGGGAAAAUAGAUACAAAAAAGAAAUUGAUAAUUUCUCUAACCAUGGUGAUAUGGGUGAAAUAUGGUUUGGUGAAGAUAUAGCUGACAAAGUAAUUCUGUGGAUGUUCAAAAACAUCGAGAAAUCUUGUAGUAUAGUAGAUGUCGGAUGUGGUAAUGGACACAUAUUAAUAGAGUUAGCUAAUGAAGGAUACGUGGAUCUAACUGGCUUAGAUUAUUCAGAAAAAGCUGUCAAUUUAGCAAAAGCAAUUGCAGCUAAUAAACAUUUUCAAAUUAGGUAUCAUGUGUGCGAUAUACUAAAAGGUCUUGAACAUACAUAUGAUAUUAUACAUGACAAAGGGACAUAUGAUGCCAUUAGUCUAAGUGAAAAUUCUAAAGAAAGCCGCGAAAUGUAUAUUGUUAGUAUAAAGCAAGCUUUGAAACCAAAUGGAAAUUUCAUUAUUACAUCCUGCAAUUGGACUCACAGUGAACUGCAAGAACAAUAUAAAGAUUUUUUUAAGCUACAUUAUAUUAUUCCAACUCCUCAGUUCAUGUUUGGUGGAAAAAUUGGGAGUGUUGUAUCAAUAUGUGUUUUUAAACAUGUAAAUAAUUAACUAUUUAUUCUUUGUUAUUAAAAUUAGUUUUAUUAAAA